UGUGGGAUGCAAAGAACCGCCCAUGGAUUCAUCUUUUUUCUUAUGCCCAUGCACUUAACAUUCCUUCCCCACAUGCGCAGAUGCCUUAGGGGACCUUUUCCUCUCUCUCUCAUAUGCAUCUUUAAUUUUUAUCAGUGGCAGCAUUAAAUUUUUUUUUUUUUUUGAAAGUUGGCAUUAUUAACAUCAGUAAUGACUGUAAUGUAUACUAGCUUACGCAUAAAAAAAAAAAAAAAAAAAAAAAAAAAAAAAUCUUAAAUUAGUGAUUCAUAUAUGUUUCGUGUAUUUUUGCAUAUUGUAAGUUGUAUGAGUGUGGCGCUCUCUAUUGUGACCAUGCAAUACGAUGGCGUAGCAAUACGAAACCGUACCAAUGUCCAUUGUCAUGCUAUAAAUAACCACUCGGGGCUCAAUUAUCAUUACAGCAAAACCAAAGUGUUCUCUCCGUCAUCACAACUCACAUUUCUCUCUAUCAUUGUUUUGGAAUUUAAAACAGUCAGAGCAUAACUAGACUAGUCAAUGGAGGGAUUAAGGACAAUGGUAUCUGCAAGGCCACUAGUGAUCUUCAGAAAGAGCUCUUGCUUCAUGUCCCACACCAUGAUAACCUUCUUCACGAACUUUGGUGCCGACCCAGCUAUUCACGAGCUCGAUCAAAUACCGAGGGGCCCAGAAAUCGAGCAGGCACUGUCGAGGUAUGGUCACAAUAUGGUGCCGGUAGUAUUCAUUGGGCAUGAAUUGGCUGGAGGAGCUAAUGAGAUCACUAGUCUUCACCUCGAGGGGAGCUUAGUCCCAUGGCUUAUUCGGGCAGGAGUUUUACAUCUUUAAUGUAGUUACCCAGCUAAUUAAUAACCUGUGUUUCAGUACUUACAUACAUUGUCAUUAGGUGACCACAAAUUAAUAUAUAUAUAUGUAUAACUAACAUAUAUAUAUAUAUAUAUAUAUGUAUGUAUGUAUGUAUGGCCUACUGUAGUUAGUUCUAAUGAGAGUACUGUUAGGAAACGUCUAAGUUUUAAAAACUUUUUCAGGAAUUUUCAUACAUAAAUCUUGAUUUAUCGCAUAGAGACAAGUUUU